UGCCGCUCCAUAGAGAAUAGCGGCGUCGAGCAAAAUCUUCCCAAAACCCCGCGUCCCACACAGACGAACUCUCCUCUACAGGCGCUUCACGACAAUACACGAAACACCCCCAUCCCCUCCCCUAUCGCGCCUCAGUAGAAAGUUGGAUUGCGUUGUACACUAUUACUCUGCCUGCGUCCUCCCGCUGCUUGGACAAGAAGCCGCGGUCUGUGCAUACAACGGGCACCGCUCCAAUAAUAACAACGCUUUGUCGCGGCGGAGUUUGUGCCAUCCUUGUGCGGCAGAGAUUCUGUAGAAUGGAUCAGCGACGUGGACGCAACCAGCAGCGUGCGGGUCGUUCAGGUGCUGGACCAAUGAGAGGACCACCUGGCCGUAUGGGUCCGCCCGGACCUCCCGGCCCUAUGGGCGGUCCUGGCGCUCCUGGUGGACCCAUGCGUGGUCCAGGUGGGCCUGGAGGGCCUCCUGGAGGCCCAAUGCGUGGUCCAGGUGGGCCUGGUGGCCCCCCAGGCCGUAUGGGUCCCCCUAGCGGCCCCGGACCGAUGCGCGGUGGACCCGGAGGCCCUGGGGGCCCUGGAGGAUUUGGCCCUGGCGGACCGGGAGGCCCUGUUGGCCGUAUGGGACCACCUGGAGGUCCGGUACUUGCUGGACCUGGUGGCCCUAUGCGAGGACAGGGAGGACCUAUGAAGGGACCUGGCGGUGGACCUAUGCGUGGACCUGGAGGACCGCUUAGGGGUCCGGGAGGUCCUGGAGGACCUCAACGUGGAGCAGGUGGUCCAAUGCGCGGACCCGGCGGACCAGGUGGGCCACAACGUGGACCUGCCGGUGGACCCGGUGGACCAAUGCGGAAUGCAGGAGGACAAAUGCGUGGACCUGGAGGUCCGCAGGGCCCCAUGACCGGCCAACAACGAGGCCCGAAUGCUGGCCGCCGUGGCCCUAACCAGGGUGGUGAUGCUGCAGGCCCUAACCAGAAGCGCGGACGCUGGGAAAACAACCAACAGCAGGGUGGAUACAAUGUCCCUCUACAAGGCCAGAACAACCAAGGCUACAGUGAAUACAGCCAACAGGACAAUUAUCCUCAGAACAACGGAGGUGGAUAUCAGAAUGGAAACGAUAACGGUUAUAAUGGUAACCGCAAUGCCGGCGGAUACAGUCAGGGACCACAGCAAGGCCAAAGGUACAAUCAGGGAGGCGCAGGUGGAGGGUACCAAAACAACGGUUACGUUGCCGGUGGAGGCGGUGGCGGAUACCAAGAUGGCAGCCAACAACAAGGCUAUAGUAACAACGCAGGCGGCUAUGGCCAAAAUCAGAACUACGCCCCCAAGAGCAACUACCGUCAAACUGGCGGGGGUAAUAGCGGUGGAGGAGGAGGAGACUACGGGUAUAGCAACGAAGGCCUUCAGGCCGGUGGCGGAAGUGGCUACGAUAACUACAACCAGAGGCCUGUGCAGAACAGAAACCAGGGCUACAAUAACGGUGGCAACUAUGGCCGAAGACAACAGCCAUAUUAGGGUGGAUUCUACAUGGAAGAUGACAAAAAUUAAAAAAAAAAUUGUUUUGAGCAAUAAAAGUGACAACACUAAUAAUGAGUACAUACGUAAUAAAUACAAUGACGUCAAUGUAGACGAUAAAAAUUGUGAAGUCUAAAUAAAGCUGUAAAUUCAUGCAUUCGGUUUGAUAACGGAAAA